UUUUUGACGACUGUCAAAAGUUCAUCAUUCUGUGUCUUGUUGCUUUUACUGUUGUUUUGUAAGAAAAUGAUUUAGUCUAAAAUAGGUAUAAAGUACAUCUUACUGCACAUUCUGCUGUUUGUUGCACUAAUUAACAAUGAAAACUAAUAACACGCCCGAGACUACCGAAAUUACACCUAAAAAAAAACUGAAGCAAGCGCGUCUGCCUUUCAAACUCAUCAGUGAUGUACCUGUUACACCAGUAUCUCCACAAACGAGGAAAAGAAAGCUCUCAGCAGCUGAAACCGAAUCGGUUCCUAAAGUAGGAAGGUUGAGUAAAGAAAAUGAUUUGGUUAAAGAUGUUGUUACCAUCAGUGAUGAUGAAGAUUCGAAUACAAACGAGACUGCUAAAGAAGAAAAGCCACUUAAUCCAUUCGUUAAAUUAGUUGAUACGGCAUGGAAGAAAAAAAUGCAAAAAACGAAGAAAAAAAAACCUGAAAAAAAGAAACAGUCUCUGUCUAAAAGUCUGGAGAUGUCUUCAAAUGACCAAAAAACAGGUGAUGCCCAAAAUGAAGUUGAAUCAAUGGAUGUGGAUUUAGUUUCUGAUCAUGAUUCAAGUAACAUAACUAUGGAACCUGACAAUAAUAUAGAUAAAAAGGAAAUUAGAGAAUCACCCAAAUCAACAGAGUCAAAUAGGAAAUCCUCAAGGAGUUCAAAGGCAUUAAGACAAUCAAUAACUUCCAAACCAGUUAAUGAAGACAAAUUAAAGGAUAAUAAUAUUUCUGACUUAAUUGUUUUAGAAGAUGCAAAUAAAUUGGAAGCUUAUAAAGAAGCUGUUUCAAGUAAAUCUUUAGAAAUAAAUAGUGAUAAUAAAUUGUCAAAUAAUGAAGAUUUAAAGAAUUCUGUGGAAAUAUGUAAUGACACCUCACAAUCAUUAGAAAUUGAUAAAGAAGUUAAAAAUGAAGAAAAUAUAAAGAAUGUUAUAACAAGCUCUCCUAAACCUAAUGAAGAAUCUGAAAUAAAUAAAAUUGAACAAGAAAAUGAAAUCAAUAUUGUAACUCCAAAGCGGAGCACCAGAAAAAAAAACAAAUUGAAUGAUUCUGUGAAUUCCAAUCCAUCAACACCAAAAAGUAAUAGAAGCUUAUCUGUCACUACCAGUUUAGAUGAUUCUUUGAAUGAAUCUACGACAUCUAAUUCUAACUUAACUCCAAAACAAUUACAGAAAAAACUAGAAGCAGCAAAGAAGAGAGAAGAAAAGGAAAAAGAAAAGCAAGAACGAGAGAAGAAAAAACAGCAAGAAAAAGAAGAGAAAGCCAAACAGAAGCAAGAAAAAGAGGACAUGAGAAAGAAAGAACGAGAAGAAAAGGAAGAGCAGAGAAAGAAGGAAAGAGAAGAAAAAGAAGAACAAAAGCGCAAAGAAAAAGAAGAGAAAGAUAGACAAAAAGAGCUAGAAAAAAAACAAAAAGAGGAAAAAGAAGAGCAAAAGCGAAAAGAACGGGAAGAGAAAGAAGAGCAAAGGAGGAAAGAGAAGGAGAUGAGAGAAGAAGAAAAGCGUAAGAAACAAGAGGCUCUUGAAUUAGAGAAGUUAGAACAAGAAUUGAAAAAGAAAAAAGCCGCUGAAGCUUUUGCCAAUUUCUUUGUACCAAAACAAAAAUCUGAUAGAGAUCAGCACAUAUCGGGACCCGUCAGUAAGAGUAGUGUUUUAUCAAGUUUCAUGAUAAAAAAUGAUAUGAGAUUAGCUCCUGUUAUUCGUGUGGAUUUGACAGAGGAGAAAAAACAGCAGUUGGACAAUUUGAUGGAAGAACAAAAUGUAUCUGAAUCAACAUUGUACAUUAAAAGUUUGACAGGCGGCUCUACUAAACCUCUUUCUAGUGGGAAAACGUGGCCUUUAUCAGAGAGGGAUGAUGAUGUUGUUAUUGUUGAAGAUGAAUUGCCACCUAUAGAUGAAGGUGGAGAGAUUGUUAUGUGUGAUGCGGCUAUACGAGAGAAAUUGAGGCCCAAACUACUAAGUUUUCAUGAUAAUAGACGGCCUCCUUACUGGGGUACUUGGAGGAAGAAGAGUAUGACCAUAAAGCCAAGGAAUCCAUUUGGUCAAGACGGGAAACAACUUGAUUACGAAGUGGACAGCGACGAGGAAUGGGAAGAGGAGCAGGAAGGCGAGAGUAUAGAUGGAAGCGCGGCGGGCAGCGACGACGAGCAAGACGCUGACGAAUACGAAGUCGAUAACGAGGUCUUCGUACCGCACGGAUAUCUCAGUGACGAGGAAGCUACAAUUGAUGAUGACGAUGUAUUGUCGUUAUCACCAGAAACACAAAAGGCCAGGUUAAAGCAUUUAGAAGACGAAUUUGAAUCUGAAAUGAAAAAACCAACGGAAAAGUUAAAACCUAGACUAUACGGAAUCCUUUGGGAAACAAAAGAAGGUGGGAAACCAGAUCACUGCGUUGACGCUCUAUGGAAUUACUUCGGGAAAUUGUCUAUGAUUAUGAAUGAUCCAACUCCUUUCCUUCAACCUUCAAAUGAACCAGAAGAUUUAGAGAAAAAGAAGGUGAAAAAGAAGAAAAUACUUAACGAUGGUGAUAAAGAAAGCCCCAAGAGUGAUAAAAAGAAAAAGUCUAAACCUGAAAAUAAAGAAUCUAAACCUAAACCCGAUAAAAAGAAUACACCAGAAAUCAAAAAGAAUCAACUUGGAAUUAAUUCGUUUUUAACUAAAAUUAAGAAUAGCGUUGAAAAGGCUUAAUAAAACUAAAAUUCUUAGCAACAAAUUGUAACUUGUUCCAUAAAAAUUACAAGAAAUAUUUUACGAAUAUGAAAAGGAAUUUAGUAAAGGAAAUUUAUGACAGUGAAGUCUCAUAAAAAAUAACUAGUAUUAUUUUUACUAAAU